CGCGUCACGUGGUGACACCCGUCCACGUUUCGGAUUGUGGGUAAACAAGAGGAAGAAAAUAUUUGUGCGACGCGUGUAUCGUCAUCGUGUCGCCGGGAACGCGCGCGCGCGCGUGUCCGCUCGCCUGUUUGUCUGUCACCAUUGUCAUCGUUGUCGCCACUAUCCUCGCUUCUCGCCGAAUCUAAAGAUCGAGGAUCAACGAAGACCGUGACACACGAGGAGGCGAGGUGAACCCGAACGACCGCGGAGACAGGAGCGAACUUAGAAGGUGCUUGACUUGAUACUGCUUGUACUCUUGACGAGCGCGCGCGCGCAUGGUGAAAGAAAGGAAGAGAGAGAGAGAGAGAGAGAGAGAGAGAGAGAGAGAGAAAGAGAUCACGGCAUCGUGCCGAUUCGUUCUGUAUCCCAUAUUGACACACACAUAUACGAAUAACGAACUCGGCGCGGAGAAAGGAGAGUUUGAGGAGAGCCGGCCAUAUUUCACAUAUUUCGCGAGUAUACUCUCGCGUGUGCGUGUUCAUACGCGGUUCGUGCCGUGUUCUCUCUCUCUCUCUCUCUCUCUAUUUCUCUUUUGUCUGGCGUUUAUUAGUCGCGCGCGCGCGCCCGAUUUUGUCUUGCCCGCUGAAAUCUCUCCUUCGACCGGGCGCUACGAUUUUCUUGCCCGUCGUUUUUCUUUAUCCCCCUCUCUUUCCAUCCGUUCGCGAACGUCACCCCUCUCCGCUAUCACGGCGCGCAUACAGUACACACACCCUCUCCGUCUAAUUUUCAUCAUCUGUAUACUUGUAUACCGCCUUGAGAGACGCCUGUAUUCCUUGAGUUUUGCCGGUUUAUUUCGACUCGCAUCCGUUCGUUCCGCCGUUGCGUUUUAUCUAUUUAUCUAGCGUAUCUGAAUCGCGCGAACCAGCGCGAACGUCCGUGAAUUUAUCUCUCUUUUUCGAGCUAGCAGCUAUCUAUCUGUGUUGCUCUCUCGAGUCUCGUCUUGCGCCAUCUCCGUCUCCUUCACUCUCUCUCUCUCUCUCUCUCUCUGUCUCUUGUUCUCGCUCACUCUCUUUCGUUCCGCUCCUCUCCUAUUUCUCUCUCUCUCUUUCUUUCCCUUUCCCCGCCCGUCUCAGUCGUCUUGCUCUCUUUUCCGUGCUUGCUCUCAGCUUAUACAUCACGGCUCGUUCGCUCUCGGUGCUAUGUCUACGUACUCUCGUACCCAGGAGAGCGACGCGUGGGCCCUAUUGGCACUGAAGUCGGCGCCGGCCAGCCCGUCGAAGAUGCAGUGGAAUCCGGAGUCGAGCGGGGCGCCGAUAGCGCGGCUCGAGGCCCGCGAGUUCGAGUACAUGGUUAGGCAACGACGCAUCACGAUCGGCCGCAACAGCAGCAAGGGUGAGGUCGACGUUAACAUGGGCCACUCUAACUUUAUCUCGCGCCGGCACCUCGAGAUCUUCUACGAGCAUCCAUUUUUCUAUAUGGUCUGCAACGGCAAGAACGGCGUAUUCGUCGACGGAGUAUUUCAACGUAAAGGCGCCCCUGUCUAUCAACUGCCAAAGACAUGUACAUUCAGAUUUCCAAGUACAACGAUAAAGCUGUUGUUCCAAUCACUUGUUGACGAGCAGGAACAGAGUAACAUUCGCGUGCCCUCUCCGCCGAAGCAGCGGGCACCACUACCUCCUCUGCGGAUAAACAUACCGGACGCCGGAUAUAGCAGCCCUUUCCCGUCACCCACGGGGACAAUAAGCGCCGCUAAUUCGUGUCCAGCAAGUCCGCGUGCUGGUCAGGGCAGGAGAAACAUUUCGGCGGAUUUGCAGAUGGUUGCGGCGUAUGCCGCUUCCGUAGCAAACGAUUCGCAGAAUUCCACUUUGGAUAGGCAUAGCUUGGAGAGGCAUGAUGGUGGACAGAGCUCCAGCAGGCAAAUAAGCCCAGAGCCUGGUGCUGAUGCUCGUUAUCGAGGUAACAGUUCAGGACCGAAUGGUACAGCACCACAUUACAGUCCACCAAAAGAUGACUCGAAACCACCGUACUCCUAUGCGCAACUGAUUGUCCAGGCAAUCGCCUCGGCGCAUGAUAAGCAGCUUACCUUAUCAGGCAUCUAUUCAUACAUCACCAAGCACUAUCCGUAUUAUAGAACCGCAGAUAAGGGUUGGCAAAAUUCUAUACGGCAUAAUUUGUCGUUGAAUCGCUAUUUUAUCAAAGUGCCCAGGAGUCAAGAAGAGCCAGGGAAGGGUUCUUUCUGGAAGAUUGAUCCUCAAUCGGAGAAUAAACUUAUUGAGCAAGCGUUCAGACGAAGACGGCAACGUGGUGUACCAUGUUUCCGUGCACCCUUUGGAACGUUAUCGUCAAGAAGUGCUCCAGCAUCUCCAUCUCAUGUAGGAAUCAGUGGAUUAAUUACGCCUGAGUGUCUAAGCAGAGAGGCUUCCCCUGGACCCGAAUCUUAUCCGGAUAGUUCGGUCCCAUCUCCGGCUGGACAACUCGCGACAAGUCAAUCAGCACCCGGUUCUCCCGGACAUCCGUAUACAUCGUCCCAGACAACUCAUAAGGGACGCCUGAUGCAAACAGUGGUAACAAAUGGUGUCAGUGGCGAUGCCACAGGAAGAGAAGAAAAAUAUUUGGUGCCUGGGAAUGCUGUAGAGGACCAUUCUUUAUCUCCAGCUGGCCAAUAUAGUCCAGCUCCUGUUAUUGUACAAACAACCUAUAAUUACAGUGGAAAUUUUAUUAGCCCCGAUGCUGGCAUUGGGGGGGUUAGCAAACGCACUCAUGAAGAAUCAGACAGCUCGCCAGGUUCACCGGCCCCGCUUGCCAUCGUCGAGAGCCCUGAGCCUCCUGAACAUCAGCUAUCGCAAUCUAAACGUCAACGUAUUCACGAAAUGGAUGAUCAUUGAACUGAUAUAUCUAGCAUCCUGUUACGUAGAACAUUACAUUUACAUUAUUUGCCUGUCGUCGAACACACACACACUGCAAACUUCAUUUUAUUUUAACCGCAUAACCUGCUUUAGACUGCACAUAAUCGAGAUCGAGCGUCAGUUCUAUGUUCUCGCGAGAAUUGCGAGAAACUGUCGCGUGUACGAGCCCGCAAAAGAAAAUCAACCACUGAGAGAAAGAACGAGCAGAAGACACUUUUCCUAUCCUAGACUUCAUGUUUUCAACAUGAUUUUCUCAACAACAGUCAAUGUACAUAAGAUAUAUAUAUACUUUAUUAAAUGCUUUCUCUUUAUGACUUGUUAACUUCGGCAGAAGAUAUAGUAUAUAUGUAUAUGGAGCUUAUUUGAUUGAAGGUCAUCCAAAAUAGUAACAGCAGCUGUUGCGCUGACACAUCAAAUUGCAAUAAUGUGAUGCGGUAACGUGUGCCAUUCAGCGUUUAGCCGAUAUAUUAAAUAGACAGAAGAGAAGAGAAAAUGAGAGUGUUAUCCAGUGUAAUCCAUUGAAUUGAAUGGAGCGAAAAUGCGAUUUAUCCAUAGCUGAAUUCGCUGACCGACAUUUCAUUCGCGCGAUUUCUGUUUUCGUAUUACCGCUUGCACCAGCUUGGCGUCGUCAUCGCGACUAAUGAAGAUUAACGAUAGGCAAAGUGAUAAGAGAGCUGAAAAAUAAUAGAUUAUUACAAUUAGCGCUCUUUUACAAGACGCUCAAUCGAACAUUCUAUCUGAGAACGAAGAUAAAACGCAGAAUAUCAGUAUGACAAUGAGAAAACUGAUAAAGAACGGGCGGAUAAAACCGACGAGCUUUUGUAACGUUAACGAUGUGGUCUCUGUUAGAGAUUGUUACCAGAGCCAGAGGAAACAAAAAAAUAGAGCCUUAUAAUGUAUGUUUAACAUUGUAUAAUUAAUGUAAGGACGCGAUUUUAUGUUAGUAGAAUCUAAUUCGAGCUGAUCGAGCGGCUAUACACGGGAACAUAUUGUAUAAAUAUAAUACUUCUCCUGUAGGGAGUUCACAUGCGCAUCUCGCUGGUCCGGCGGGGAGUAGGGGAAGAAAAUAUCUUCCAUCAAGGAUUUUUUUGAAUUUUUUUUUCAUUCCGAGUUCUCGCCGCCCUUCGAAUAUGGUCGAUUAUUUCGUUGCCACAAUGAAAUGGUUCACCUAAUCUAAUCAUUUAUAAUAGUCUCAUUUUUAAUUAAUAUAGGAGAAGCUGUUUCAAAUUAAAAAAAAAAUAGAUAAAGGUAAAACGAAAGCGAAAGACAGGCGAGAGAGUUUUGUAAAACAAUGUCGAGAGGAAAAAUGAUAAUAAUGCGAUCGAUGAUAAUGAUGCCAAACUCGAUUACUGAUUCCUCCUGCGAUCGGUUUACUUUUCUCGUGCAAUCGUAGUUAAUCUUAAACUCGCCGAUUCUCCUAGAACAUCGGCGUUAGGCAAGAUAAAAAUAAACAUUAAAAAAAAAACAGGAAAAACGACACAUAGUAGCGUUAGAUUUACGGUGGAGCAAAAGGAGGGGCAGCAGGAUUGAACGUAGAUGCGUUAUACGGAGAUCGGAAAAGAGCGUGGUGCAAUAAAGAGGCAAAAAAAAAAAA